CAUUUGUUCAUCCAGUAAAUGCAUUGGAUAUUCAGAGUGCUAUUAAAUGUGGUGCAAAGUUAAAUUUUACUGUAAUUGCAAGAUCAGGUGGUCAUUCUCUUGAAGGUUAUAGUAUUGAAGAUAGAGAUUGUGAUUUAAUUGUUGAUCUUAGAUAUAUGAAUAAGAUUAUCAUGGAUAUGGCAAUACAAACUGCUAUAAUCGAAACAGGAAAUACUCUAGAUACACUAUUUCGUAGUUUGAAUGAGCAUGUAUUUGCUUUUCCAACUGGUGAAUGUUCUACAGCUAGUGUUGAUGGCAUUAUUUUGGGUGGUGGUCAUAGAUAUUUAAUGCGAAAGUUUGGAAUGUCAUCCGAUAAUAUUCUUGAUGCUCAAAUUGUCUUAGCAAAUAGAACAAUAAUUAAUCAUGCUAAAGGAUAUCAUGAUCUUUUUUGGGCUCUUCGGGGUGCUAGAAAUGCAGGCUAUAGCUCUUUAAAUGAAGCAAAACCUCACAUACAAGAAUUUAUUAAAUUGACUAAAUCUAAAAAUGAAUCAUGUAUUGAAUUAGAUUGGUAUUAUGCAAAUAUAGCAGAUAUGACUAGGCAAAACUGA